AUGGAGGGUUCCGUGGUAAGAGGAGGGCGGCAGGAUCCGGACAGACUUCCCAAUGACCAUUUUAUUGAAUGGCUAGCAGAAGCAAAGCAGCUGUAUCAUCAUGAGCUGCCCCCAUUCGCCGAGAAGAAUCAAGGCAGUACCAGAGCCGGUCUCCGCAAACCUGUAACUCUUCAGGUGACUGUCGACCAGCCGCAAGGACAAUAUAUGUGGGCUGAAGUUAUCUAUUGGUCUUGGAGUCCCCAAUACACCUUCUGCACUAUUGAUAUUGGAGGCCGAAGACUCAUCGUAAAAAGGUACAACUGGACAGGGCGCCAUUGGGAUUAUUCCUUUGAAAGCUGGCUGGGUCCUGCAGAAGGGUUUUCGAAGCGAACAGUUGCUUAUGGGAUGUGGCAGAAAGAUCCAGGAGACUCUGAAGGGUCCAAUAUCGAUUCGAAGUCACAGCAUGCAAAUCCCAUGCAGAUGCUCUCUAAUCCACCUUGUGUUGGAUCACCGGCCAACCUUGAUGGCCGUGCCCAACAACAGCCAGAGUGGCAACCAUCAAAAUUACCUCUGACAAAUCCUUUGGAUCCAUCUUCGGCGCGUCCAGCCACCUUGAAUCUAGGGUACAUUACGCCUCAAAGAAACGCCCACUAUUUUUUGCUCAACAACCCUCCGAGGCUCAUGCAAGCCAAACGUCGUGACGUACAGCUCUCCCCUCCCACGGCACAUCACGAUAGUCAGCAUUCCGUUCAGGCGCCAACCGAAAGAGCACCUUUUUCGGGACCGAUACACGAUGUAUCAUCUCCAAAGCGACGUGAGGAGGAUUCCCCAAACGGCCCGUGUGAAUUUGUGCCGGUCUCACCAUAUCAGCAUCUUACCUCCAAACCCAACGAGGACAGCGCAAAUGGAAUUCAAAGACAAUAUUAUGCCCCUGCGGAACGCACCGACGAGGGGGCAACCAGCGAACAGCCACAUGGAAACAGUGCAGACACCCCCAUAUCCCAUGGACCGCAGUAUCAGGGACACGAAUCCACAGACCCCAACUCUCUAGCAAGGCCCACGAAACGUAGGCGUCAGAUCUCCACCCCAAACCCCUUGGACCCCACAUCACCGCAGCUCCCGACGGCAACGCGUUCUCCAUCCACCCACUCGUCGCCACGACCAACCCCAUCCGCAUCCUCGCCGAACCCCUCCAGGUUCCCAACCCCAACAUCCCUCAACCCAGACCCCACAGACUCAGCGUUCCAACUCCCCUCCCACAAACAGUCCCGCACAACCCUCUUCAUCGCCAUCCCCCUCUCAACCGACACCGUCCCUCUCAAACUCCGCUCCUGCAUGACUCUCGCCUCCUUCUUCACCGCCGUCCUCGCAAUCUGCGCUCAGCCGGGCCAGCACAAUCAUGUCGUCUCGGGCAUCAGGGCCACGUUCGAUUGGAAGCAAGACAAGGGCGUCGACAGGACGAUUCUUCUCAAACAGGAUCUCCCCGACACGUUUGAAGUCUUGUUGGAGAUCGUCGAUGGGGCGCCGUGUUGGGGCGAGGGAGGGGGCCGGUGUGGCGUCGCUGUUGAGGUCGUGCUGGUGUGA